GCGUACGAAAAGCAAGUUUUCUUUUUCGUUAAGCAAUGCAUUAUUAAUAAUACAGGAAACGAGCUUUCUUUCCGAUGUAACGUAACAAAUCGAAAGACCCCUUAUCUUGUUGCUAUAGAGCAAGGCUAUAAUCACAGUCUCUUGUCUAGAGUUAGAGAAACACAGUAUUAACGCGCGCUGUAUAAACAAUAAUAAGAACUUUUGUAAUUUUAUGAAUACCACAGAAGCCCCCUGGCAAAAGAUGAACACUGCCCCAGUGUGUUUUGGUGCGAAAGGUGACCAGUUUGGCGAAUUUGAGGUUGAAAUUGGUGGCUCCGUUGACUCUGUGAAGCUUGUUCACGUAUCUGGUCAUGUCACUUGUGCCGUAUUUGAUAUUUUGGGCGGUGCCAACGCACGGUCCAAGUUUGGCUGCCAAAAAUCGUCAUCAGAGCUUUACACCUUUAUUACGACCGCGAAUAACGACAUCCUGCUACCAGAGAGUCGCGAAUUCCCGUCCAAGUAUACUUUGCAGGGUUAUCAUCCGGAUUCCUCGGAGAUUGUCUUCACGAAUAUCUCAACUCCGCUACGUCUCUCUUCUGGGCAACAGCUUCGAGUCUGGUACGGAGAAGAUCUGAUGGACGAAACCGAGCACGAUAAUUCUGGAUCAACCUGUGUUGAUGUGUAUGCUAAGUAUAUGUGACAUCACUCAAGAGUAACAAUGUAUAGUACUGUAACCUUCAAGGAGUUAAAAAUACGUGUUUUGCUUCUAGUUCCCCGGGGCGGACUGUCGCACGAAAGGAUCGGGGGUGCUCGUGGGAAAAUUUGAAUUAAACCGCUAGAGGAGACCAAUCUUGGUGUGACUCGGGCUUUAUUUGACCCCUAAAAGAUACCACUUAAAACCGAAUAGGUCGAUUACCAGCCUCUGUUCAGGAAAGGCGCUCGCGCUUGUAGACAAACAAUUGAGACAGGACUCGAGAGAGCGGCAGAAAUCGAGCCUAAAACGGAAACAAGAGCGUUUCUUUAAUUGUUAUUUC